AUGUGGGUGGUCGACGGCAGGAUACGCUGGGUGGGCGAGGAACAGGACGCGCCUGUGGAAGCUCUGGCGGAACAUAAGGUUGCUGCAGGUAACAGAACCAUAUUGCCCGGGUUCAUCGACCCGCAUAUGCAUCUCGCGCCUUUGGCGAUGUUGCACAGUUUUGAAAAUCUGGGCCCAUUUAGAUUUCCGCGCACGAAAGAUGCUUUAGCUUACCUUAAGCAGAAAAGUGCGGACGUACCGGCAGGGCAGUGGCUGGUUGGACGGCAAUUUGACCCCUCGCUGCAGGAAGGACCGGACUAUCUGACGAUAGACCUGCUUGAUGAGGUCAGCGUUGAGCACCCGAUUUUUAUCUAUAACGCUUCGCUGCAUCUGGCUUACUGUAAUUCUGCCGCGCUGCAAUUAGCUGGCGUGACGGCGGAUACACCGGAUCCUGCUGGUGCUGAAAUUGGCCGCGAUGACAACGGUCAGCCUAAUGGGGUGCUCAAGGCAGGUCCUGCUAUGGCACUGGUGGCGCGUCACAAUCCGCACACAAAAACAGCUGAUCUGGCGCAAGCGUGCCUGGAUGUAUUUGCCCACGCCAACACGCUUGGCAUCACAGGUUUGUGUGAUCAGGGCACCGGCCUUUUUCAGGGCGCUAAAGAACUGGAUCUGUAUCAGGGUUUGCGUGACAGCAACCGCAUGACGGUUCGCUUCCGCUAUUCGUUGGCCCAAGCUGUUGCUGAUCGCUGGGACGAAGCCGGUUGUCGCUGGGGGGAAGGGGACGAAUGGGUGCGUAAUACAGGCUGGAAGAUUGUCAGCGAUGGAUCAAACCAGGGGCGUACGGGUUUGCAGCGCGAGCCUUUCCUGAACUCCGAUGAAACCGGUAUUGCCUACAUAGAGCGCGAAGAAUUGUUUGCCGCCGUUGAGCAGCGCCUGGCUGAUGGUUGGGCGGUAUGCGUGCACGCCAAUGGUGAUGCCGCUAUCGAUAACGUUCUUGAUGCCUUCGAGGCGGCGGCCGCCAAAGGUUUGCGCGCAGAUUCGCAACGCUGUCGGAUCGAACAUUGCAGUAUCCUGCAUGAUGAACAGAUUGAACGCAUGGCGGCACUCGGGUUAUCUCCCAGUUUUCUGAUUGGCCAUGUUUAUUACUGGGGGCAGGCAUUUGUGCAGGAUGUAUUUGGCAUCGAUAAAGCAUCGUUACUUGAUCGUACCGGUACCUGUGAAGCUAAAGGCAUUCGCUGGACCAUUCACUCGGAUGAUCCCGUCACAGAGAUGAAUCCGCUGCGCUGUAUCGAGAACGCGGUGACCCGCAAUAUGUGGAAGUCAGAAGCAAAGCUGUCUCCCCAGGAGUGUAUAUCUACCGCGGCUGCGCUGCGCGCGAUGACCAUUGAUGCCGCCUGGCAGUGUCACAGCGAUCAUGAAGUGGGCAGUCUUGAGGCCGGCAAGUUCGCUGAUUUUAUUGUGCUUGAACAGGAUCCAUUACAGGUUGAGCCUGAUGCGCUGAGCAGCAUUGCCAUAUUACAAACCUGGGUGAAUGGUGAAUUAGUCUAUGCGGCGCCCAUGGGUUGGAUUGCACGCUCCCAGCUCGCUUCCGCCGUUUCCAAUGCCGGUGCGCUAGGCAUUAUUGAGACUUCCUCCGGUGAACUUGACGCUGUGCGAGAAGAAAUUCUCAAGAUGCGGGAUCUCACAGAUAAACCCUUUGGCGUCAACAUCGCUCAGGCAUUUGUUCGCGAUCCGAACAUUGUCCAGUUUGUGAUUGAUCAGGGGGUUAAAUUUGUCACAACGUCAGCGGGCAACCCUGAGCGUUAUACCAAAGAGUUGAAAGAUGCCGGUCUUACGGUUUUCCAUGUCGUGCCCAGUCUUGAUGCCGCGCUCAAAGCGGUGGAUGCGGGCGUUGACGGGCUUGUUGUAGAAGGCAGCGAAGGGGGUGGUUUCAAAAACCCACGUGAUGUUUCAACUAUGGUCCUGUUGCCCUUGAUACGUUCAAAAGUUGAUGUGCCGAUCAUUGCAGCAGGCGGUUUUCUGGACGGCGCGUCAAUGGUUGCAGCCUUUGCACUGGGCGCUGAAGGCAUACAGAUGGGCACGCGGAUGGUGUCUGCGGCCGAGUCACCGGUCCAUGACAACUGGAAGAAUGCGAUUGUGAAUGCAAAAGAAACCGACACGGUUUUCCUGAAUCGUGCCCACUCACCCGCUUUACGUGCACUGCGAACAGAAAAAACCACGCGGCUGGAAUUUCAAAAUGAAACCAACGCCAUGACCGAAUUUGGCAAAGCCACGGACCUGUAUUUUGGUGGUGACAUGGAAUCCAGUAUCGCUCUGACCGGCCAGGUUGCCGGCCGAAUUGACAGCGUACGCCCGGUUGCUGAAGUGAUUGCCGAGGUUAAGCAGCAGUUUUUUGCGUGCCUGGAGCAGAUGUCCAAGCAGUAUUCCUAA